AUUAUCUUUAAACAUGGCGUGAUGAAAGAGUGAAGUGGAAACAUUCAAACAAAUACAAGACCAUGGAUAAUUACAAAGCUAAACUUCUUCAUAUAUUAGAGGAUGUACUGGGAAUUGAGGCAAUGGAAACUGCAUUUUGUGGAAUGCUUGUCCACAAUGAAGAGGAUGAAGAUCUAGAUAUCAAGGAGACUUUCCAAAGUGUUUUUAAACCUUUCUGGGCUGGUGUUCCUGUGGAUGCAAGGGAACAACUUCUCCUUGACUUUGUUUCAUUCAUCUACAAUGAAAACAACCCAAGAAGAAUUGACAUUGCUUUUGGUUUACUGGGAAGUUUAGUGGAAGGUUCACUAGUUCCUGCCAGAUCAAUGUGUGAAGCUAUCCUCAAGACACCUCACCUCAGUUUUCAGAAAGAACUCAUGUGGUGUAAAACAUUCCAGCUUCUUUUGAAAAUUGUAGGAGGGGUCGAUUAUAAGAGCUGUCGUGACAUUCUAAGUUUGGUGUUUCACCUAUUCCGUACCAUUCCAAACACUGCUGAUCCUGCAUUUACAGACCGAAUACAAGCUUGUGUUAAGGUUGUCCGUUAUAUUUUAGAUAGGAAUACUUGUCUUCUGCCUGCCUAUUUUGUCAUUAAUGAGAUCUACAAAAAUUUUCCAGAGGGUAAAGUGAAGCCUCACUGGGCUAUUGCAAAGCUCCUUUCAGAUUUUGCUGAGACAUUCCGACCACUUGCACGGAUAGUGUCUGUGAUAGGCCGCCCAUCUCUUCUUCCUGUGAUUGGUCAUCCUGGUUCUUCUCUUAGUGUUUGGAAACUAGAUCCUAACACUCUCAGUUUUCCAUUAAAGGGACUUCUGCCAUAUGAAAAGGAUUUGUUGGAACCUCAGACAAAACUGUUGCAAUAUGUCAUAGCGCAGCCAUAUUCUCGUGAUGUCAUCUGUACCAUGCUAGGACUCAAUAAACAGCAAAAACAAAGAUGUCCAGCAUUAGAAGAACUGUUGGUUGACCUGAUAGUUGUAGCAAUGGAAAGAUCAGAGGAUGAUGAGGCCAGCAUGAGUGAAACAGGAUGUCAAUUGCUCUGGCAUCAUGUGUCAAGCCAUCUUAUUUUCUUUGUGCUCUUCCAGUUUGCCAGCUUCCCACACAUGGUAUUAUCACUCUACACCAAGCUAAGUGGUAGAAACCUGAAGAGAGGAAGGGACCACUUAAUGUGGGUUCUGUUACAGUUUAUCUCUGGAAGUAUUCAGAAAAAUCCUCUCAGUGAUUUCCGGCCUGUGAUGAAGUUGUAUGAUUUACUUUACCCAGAAAAGCAGCCACUGUCAAUACCAGAUAUAACUUCUGCUGAUUCAGUACACUCCUUAGCUAUGGCCUGUAUAUGGAUUCACUUAUCAAAGAAGGCCCAAUCUGAGGAUGUAACUUGGAGACCACCUGUUCCUCACAUCCUUAAGGAUCAAAUUGAAUUCAUACAGAACAGAUCAGGGGGAGCCAGUUCAUUUUCCUUGAAUAAUUACAAGAUUCCUCUUCUGUGUAAUGCUUACAGUACCAACCCAGAGUAUUUCAGUGUUCCAAUGGCUAUGUUGGUUGAGAUGUGUUAUGGAAACAACAAAAGUUCCACACAGCUUCCAGGCCCUUCAAACACACUGGCUGCAGCACCAACAGUUCCUUGUCCAAUGAGUCUUUUGGAUUCACUCACAGUCCAUGCAAAAAUGAGUUUUAUUCACAGUAUUGUUAAUCGUAUCAUCAAGCUUGGUAACUCACAAGUUACACUUGCCCUGGCCCCAGCACUGGUGGAAACGUACAGCCGUCUGCUUGUCUACAUGGAAAUUGAGUCUCUCGGAAUCAAGGGCUUCAUAAGCUCGUUGCUUCCCAACGUGUUCAAGAGCCACGCAUGGGGAAUUCUCCACACAUUACUGGAAAUGUUUAGUUACCGGUUGCAUCAUAUCCAGCCCCACUACAGAGUUACUUUACUUUCCCAUCUACACUCACUGGCUGUAGUGCCUCACACGAACCAGAAUCAACUUCAUUUGUGUGUCGAAAGUACAGCUCUUAGACUCAUCACUGGAUUGGGAAGCUCUGAAGUACAGCCACAACUGUCGCGUUUCAACCCUGAGCCUAAACAGCUGUUGUCGGGUGAAUCCGAGGAACUAAACAGGGCUCUUGUACUUACCAUAGCACGUGCCAUGCAUAUUACUUCUGCUGAAUCAUCUUCUAACUGGUACGAAGGAAUCCUUAGAUCGCUGAUUGCGAAUACUCCACAUAGCUGGGCCAGUCACACUCUGGCGUGCUUUCCUCAGCCUCUUCAACAAUUCUACGCACAAAACCCUUGCCCUCAUGAAACCAAACAAGAGCUUAGACAAAGAGUCGAAGACGAGUAUAGAAGAUGGAAGACAAAGUCUUCAGAAAAUGAAAUCUUGAAUCAUUUUGCGGAUCCAUCUUCAACAAAUGUUUUCAUUUGCAUCUUGUGGAAGAUGUUAUUAGAUUCAAACCGCCUAAGCCCGGUUUGUCACAAAGUGUUGGAGCGCCUGGGAGCACGAGCUCUUUCCGCGCAUGUGCGUGUAUUUGCCGAUUAUUUGGUGUACGAGUUUUCGACAUCCGCGGCAGGAAAACACAUUAACAAGUGCAUUGUACACCUGAAUGACCUAAUAUGGAAGUACAACGUCGUUACUUUGGACAGGCUGGUCCUCUGUCUGGCUUUGCGAAGUCAUGAAGGAAACGAAGCCCAAGUCUGCUUCUUUAUCAUUCAGUUGUUAUUGUUGAAGCCUCAAGACUUUAGAAACCGUGUGAAUUCGUUCAUACGAGAUAACUCUCCUCACCACUGGCAACAAAAUGAAUGGCAUCAGAAACACAUGAACUAUCACACGACCUACCCUGAGAGGUUCUAUUUCGAAGGUUUGUUGGAAUCCGCAGGGACCUCAGUACCAACAGUGCAAUAUUUGCCUAUCUACUUUGGUAAUGUGUGUCUUAGGUUUUUGCCGGUUUUUGACAUUGUUAUUCAACGUUUUUUGGAACUUGCGCCAGUACACAAGUCAUUGGAAAGUCUUCUCGAUCACCUAGGCUGCCUUUACAAAUUCCAUGAUCGCCCGGUGACCUACUUGUACAACACACUACACUAUUACGAGCACUGCCUUCGAGACAAAGCGUCUUUGAAGAAGAAGCUUGUCGGGGCGAUUACUAGUGCUCAAAAAGAUGUCCAUCCGGAAGGCUGGUGUCUGUCUAGAGGUUAUUUGGAGUUCCUGUCUAAACCUACCGGCCAAGACUCCUGGACCCCAGAUCUCGCCUACUAUUGUUCUUUGAUUGGCAGACUUGUGGAUACCAUUGCUGGUAAAACCCCGCCGCCAUUUCCAGCUUGUGAUUGGCGUUUCAACGAAUUUCCCAAUCCUGUUGCGCAUGCACUUCACGUAACUUGGGUGGAACUGAUGGCGUUACCUGUUAAGGGACCGGAAGUUGGUGAAGCGUUGUUUGACGUCAUCUUUAAAGGAAGCUAUGUGACACACGAUAGUGACAUUCGAGCAAAUAUUAUGGAGUGGAUCAAUGCUGUCGGAUUAGUUUUGUCCGCACUUCCGGAGCCUUACUGGAGUGUGGUGUAUGAUAAAAUCUGUAUGGCUCUCAGAAGAGAGCUCUCUGCCAAGGAAGUAUCGACAACUCCUAUCGUUCUCGAGGACCGUGGGAGAGCCGCUCCAUUCCCCUACUCAUUCUUAGAGUUCUCUACCAAUGUCGCCAUGCAUUCAGAGACCGCCGCUGACUAUGUCUUGGCAGUCGCGCAUGCGGUCUGGCACCAUACAAGUAUCGGUCAACUGAGCCAGCUUCCACAGUUUCUUCGUGACCGCGUAUCUCCGCUGGUCACAAAUGAGGCUCAGUUUCUUUACGUGUGUCAUCUGGUUGGACCAUUCCUUCAACGUUUUUCCCAAGAAAGACUCAGAUGUCUACAAGAGGUAGUUGUGGAGCUGUAUCAUCUGCUGGAAAAAAUUAACAGAGAAGUUCAGCAUAUUCACCACGUUGACACAAUUUGUGACUUCUUAUACCACAUAAAGUACAUGUUUAUAGGAGAUAUUAUCAAAGAUGAAGUACUCAAGAUCAUUCCUCAGCUUCGCCAGUCCUUGCAGAUUCGUUUGAGAUUCAUGACACAGAAUGUAAAAAGAGAUGAUACUUCAACAUUGGCUUAAACGUCACUGACCAACUCAACUCACGGACAGACAUGCAUUGAAUAACUGCUCCAAACGAGAGCGCAUUUGGGGACAAAUUUGCUGUAAAGCCGGAAACGUGUGAAUUAAGGAAUGGAUAGAAAAUAACUCAUUGACUCAACACUAGAUGUAGUUGUUGCUCGUUGUAUCGUAAAUCAACGUGACUUCUGUGUUAGUCAAGAUUAAGAUGGAUGAGGGAAGAUAAAUGUUGGAAGAUGCAUUUGAAGGACCCACCCAGCGCCAUCAGCUUAUGGCCAUGUUGUGAAUAAAAUGUAACCCUGUAACUUCAACGAAAUCAAACUCGCCAACACAACGAGCCAACGAGCCCACAUAUCGGUUUUUUUGCCAACAUUUUCUGUCAAAUCCUUAAGUUUAUGCCUAACUCGUUGACUCGAGACCUGUCAUGAUUUUAAGAAGAUGAGAUCAUUAUCAAGUGGUUAUGAAGGAUGUUAUGGGCAAGUUAGUUGUCAGACAGUUUGCGUGUUGGAAAAGUGACCGGUAUCAAAAGGCAAACUCGAGUUGAACUUAAUGUAACUGAUUAAUGUAAUCUUCGUAGGAGAGUUCUUUCAUAUAUGUGGGCUGUAAACUUAUGGACUCCUAACGCUUAAAUUUUUAGACUGUGUUGAAAUAACAGUGUUUAGUCUACAUCACGGUACAGCUAUAAAAGGUUCAUUAAUUUACAGAUCUUCA